UUCCGGGUGCAGAUCCGGAUGACAUGGAAGUUACAGUGCAAAAGAUAUAUCAUUUGUCUUUCUCUCUUAUUCGAAGGGUUAACUGGUGGAAUCCUUAUAGUGUAUUUUGUUGUGACAAAGGAAAAUUUGACACUUAUCACCCAUCCGGAAGAUAGAAAAAAGGAAAAGAAAGUGAUGGUGAGGGUGGCAAACGAUGGAAAAAAUAACCAAGAAGAGAAAAAUUCUCACAAUUCACUAUGUCUUGCAAAUUGAUAUUUUAUUGGAUUGCUCGGAAGAGUGUCAGGCAAAAGUCAAUUUUUGGCCCUUCACAUCAUUCUGUCGCACUUGGUUUGCGGUGAGCAUCAAUUUAAUGUGAUUCCCGAAGUCGAGGUGGUUGCUGGUGGAGGAUGAAAUGUGACUUCCGGUGAUUCUGCAACUUCAUCGUCUUACCCAUCCUGCCCUCCUCCCGCCAUAUCAUAACAGUGCCGAAGCCACAGUGCACAGUGGAAAUGAUGGUGAAUCUCACGUGAGACCCAGCAACACCACCACCCUUCAUGCCAGCUUUAUUCUUGAAGCAUUUACGUGGGUGGCACCUGUCGUCAUCUUGAGGACAUGAUUCCUUUGUUAGGCACACCCAAAAGCCAUGCAUUUAUACGGAAAAUAUGGUGUGGCAUUUGUGCGUACUAUAAAGGAAAAUUAUGAAGAUGAGAGACGAAUUCACGUGAGGAUUGAAUUGCAUGAGGAUUUAAGCAAUAAAAACAGGAAUGAAAAUGCAACGAAAAGAGGAAUUGCGUCCAAUAACAUCUGUGAAGAUGAAACAUUUCAUAAAUACUGCAAAAGUGGCACGAGAGAACGUCAGCCUUGUUAUUUGUUAUUAGUUUUAUGGAUUAUUUGGUGUAUUGUUAGGAGUAGAUAUUUUCUAUUGAAUUUGAUAUCGACAUCCAAUUGUGUGCAUUCCACCGUGAGGAUUAAUCACGACACUAAGGAGAAUCACAGGCGAUUUCAACGAUGGAUUCACAUGGUGGGCACGAUCAAUUUUUCCUCGGGACUGUGCUCACUAUCAACCGUGAGAAACAAGUGCGAGGAGGAGGGUCAAUUGGGCAGUAUGUGGGUGUUCUUCGGGACAUGCCGAUGGAGACCAAAUUGCGCAUUCAUAGGGCACUUGAGGGUCAAAUGGGCCGCCGUCAUCAAUCACAGAGGUGAAACGGAAAGCCGGUCAGUGGUGCGUCUUUCAGCAUUAAAUCACGUGGAUGCUGGAGUCCAUUGGACUGAGUAUUGGCAUAGACAUCGACAGUAUACCAUAAACUUUCUCACAUCAUGGAGUUGGGGAUUGUGGGGUGCGACCAGUAACUUUCAAUCGGCACGAAACAAUCGAGAACGUUAUCCCCAUGGACAGAUAAAAGUCUACACGGCAAUUCAUCCAUAUGGCAGGAGGAUGGGUGAUUUUCGCCACACCAAUUACGUCUGCACCAAGAAAUUGAGUCGUUUGCUCAGUACACCAUCGCUCAUCCUCCUUAUCAUCCUGCUAUCCGUGGCAGCAGUAUCCUCGCAUACCAUUAAGUACAGUACAAAUGUGGUGAAGACCAAAUAUGGACCAUUACGUGGUAUCAUCGUGAGGACCAAUCCACCCGUCGAGCUCUACGCCGGAGUCCCCUACGCCAGUCCACCAGUUGGCAGCUUAAGGUACAUGCCACCGGUCACGCCCUCAACGUGGAAAAACAUAAAAUUGGCAGAUAGCUUCCCACCAGUUUGCCCUCAGAAGGUACCUAUGCCACCAAAUGGUGCCCUCGCCCUUCUCGACGAGCCCCGCGAGCGACUGGCGCAGCUUCGUCGAUUUCAUCCCUUGCUGGCCAAUCAAUCCGAAGACUGUCUAUACCUCAACCUCUAUGUGCCGAAAAACGUUAAUAGUGAAAAUGGGGAUCAGAAUCGCUCAUUGGCAACAAUUGUUUACAUCCAUGGUGAAUCGUACGAGUGGAAUUCGGGAAAUUUGUACGAUGGCUCUCUCCUGGCUGCCCAUGGAAACAUAAUCGUCGUCACGAUUAAUUUUAGAUUAGGUGUUCUGGGUUUCCUCAAAACGGGCACAAAAGAGAGCGCUCAGGGGAAUUUUGGGCUAAUGGACCUCGUGGCCGGUCUACAUUGGCUCCGUGAAAAUCUGCCCGCAUUCAAUGGAGAUGCCGAAAGGGUGACUCUAAUGGGACACAGCACUGGGGCUGCCCUAGCCAACAUCCUUGUUGUAUCACCUGUGGCAAGAGAUCUAGCUGCUCGUGCUAUUUUAUUAAGUGGUUCAGCACUGUCACCAUGGGCCAUUCAAAAGGAACCACUUUAUGUGAAGAAACGCGUGGCAGAGCAUACAGGAUGUCAUGGUGAUCUAUUGGAGGAUGACCUGGCGCCCUGUCUACGCAAAAAAUCCCUCAGUGACCUCCUUAACGUGACCAUCGAUUCACCAAGAUUUCUUCCUGGAUUUGCUCCAUUUGUCGAUGGCACGGUAAUCGUAAAUCCCACCUCAUCUAUGACAAAUGCCUUGAUCCUUCCCACCGGAUCCGCUCUGGCAAGUACCAACGGACUGGAAUUGGCUGAUUUCCCAAGUCGGGAAUUACUCUUUGGACUCACGUCGAUUGAAUCGUACUUGGAUUUGAGUGCACAAGAUUUGGAGUUUGGCUUCAAUGAGACAAGACGGGAUCGCAUCUUGAGGACAUAUGUACGAAAUAUCUAUCACUAUCACUUAAAUGAAAUUUAUUCAGCUUUAAAGAAUGAGUACACAGAUUGGGAGAGACCGCCUCGAAAUCCGACAGGAGCAAGGGAUGCGACACUUGAUAUUUUAAGUGAUGGACACACAGCAGCACCUCUUGUACGACUUGGAUAUAUGCACAGUCUGCGCGGAGGAAGAUCCUACUUCCUCCACUUCAGGCAUCAGUCCGGAGAACGUGAUUUUCCACAGCGUACCGGAUCAGUUCGAGGUGAAGAUGUGCCUUUUUGUCUAGGACUUCCAUUAUCCCCGCUUUUUCCCUACAAUUACACUAAAGAUGAUAUUCGGAUCAGCAAAUUGAUGGUGCACUAUUACACAAAUUUUGCAUCAUAUGGGAAUCCAAAUGGGCCCCUAUCGAUGACAAAUGCCGAAGAGGUGGCUCAUGAGCAUGCUAGAAGUAGCAAGUUUAAGCGGAAAGUGAGGAGUUUUGCUGACGAUGAUCAGGAGAGGAGUGGUUCGAGGAGGGAUCGUUUGGAUGAGGUUCCGAGCAUAGAGGCACCAUUCUGGGACACAUACGACGCAAUCAAUCAACUGUAUCUCGAACUUGGGAGCAAAGUGGAGGUUCGCAAUCACUAUCGGGGUCACAAAUUAUCCAUGUGGCUUAGCCUAAUACCACAACUUCACUCCGGGGAAUCCACGGAAUUAUCAAUGCGUCAUCAUCAUUUCCUCGAGGAGAGUGCACAAUACUAUGAUGGAAUUGUUCGACCACAGUCACUCCAUAGACCGGCAACACCUGCAGUGAAAACGGAAUUUAUUGCAGCCACAUCGAGUGUCGCCACAAAAUCGAGUGUCUUUAAAGCAACGAUGAGUACAGCCCCUCCAUCAAAUGCCACAUCAUUUCAUACAACCACAGAUUGUCCACCCAAUGCCACAGUGGUGCCAACAAUUGCAGCAACUAGGCCUCAUCAGCAGCAAGAGAUGGUAAUCCAAGGUGGCGAAGGUGGUGCCAACAACUUGCUGCGUCGGCUAGCCAACAGUCAAUUCCAUAGCUAUACCACAGCCCUCACCAUAACCAUCGCCGUAGGAUGCUUCUUGCUCCUACUCAAUAUACUCAUCUUCGCUGGCAUCUACUAUCAACGCGAAAAACGGGCUAGUGAUACGAAGCGAAAGGAGGAACUGUUUGAGACUGAAACGCCAAUGUCACCAACCCUCAAAGGGCACAGUCGCAAGGGAAGUCUACAGAGCCUUCCGCCUGGCUUCCAUUUUCAUCACCAUCAUUUCCAUCCGGGUCAACCACGAGCUGGGAGCUUCGUGGAACUAUCAUACGAUAGCGCUGGUAGCGAGAAGAGAUCUGUCAAGGAGUACUGUGAUGUAGAGCUGCAGGACUAUCAGUGUUCUCCUGCAAAUAGCUCUACAUCUAGCAAUGCUCGUGUUCCUGACUGCAAAAGAUCCUCGCCGCAUGAAAUGACAACCCAUGUGCCUCAGAUCUUCUCAACAGGUCAGCAGACUGAGUGUCCUCACUCCAGUGCUAGCCAAACUUCUGGUCACUGCAACCAGGGCACACAGAGUGAUCGUCCACUGUCACAAGAUGUCAGCACCGAGGUUAAUGAAACAGACAUCCAGCAGAAUGGGAGUCCUGAAAUCCCCGACCCUCCUCCUCCUCCCAAACUCUUCCACGGUGUUGGCAUUUUGCGACAGCAAGGUGGCUCUUCGCAGGCUUCCGGUUCCAACAAGAAGCGUGUUCAAAUCCAGGAGAUAUCCGUGUGAUUGCAGGCGAGUUACCAAACUUUAAAAUGUUCAGAGACAGAGGGCUCUGUUCUGUCUUUUAAUUUUUUGUGCUAUUUUUUAUCUUCUAACUAAUUACCUUGAAUACAAAAUCUAUAAGAAAUAUUUUCUUUUGGCAGAAUAGACCCCAAAAGUCUCACUUAAAGAAAAAAACAUUAAUAUAACUGUGUGUGUGAUUAUAGGAAAAUUAAAAAAACCAAAAGAAAAAUAAUAAUCAAUUUCUUUCUGAGAAUAUUUUCUUUUCUUUUGUUUUUAAGGAGAGAAAAACUUCUCAGUGAGACUUAUUAAAUUCGAUGUGAAAGAUUAGACAAUUUUCUCAGUGUUGAGAAAUCAUUUUUCCUAAAAAAAAAAUGUGUGCGAGUGUUAAUAGUGUUGUAAACAUUUGGAAUUGAUUGAGUACACAAUUUUUAUGAGACAAGUAUUCCUAAUAAUUAAAAAAAAAGAGAGAAAAUGAAACAGAUAAGAAGUUCGUUUUGAAAAGUUUAUAUUUUCCGUUGAUAUUAUAAAGUAUAUUCUGAGAAUUCUACUGUGUGUUCUUUUUUAUCAAAUCCUCUAAGUUAUGAAAAGAAGAAGAAGCUUUUACAGAGAUGAAGCCAAUUUAUUGAAAAAUAUAUUUAAUGUGGAAAAGGCGAGAAGUCUAUUUACUGAAAGGUGGAAUCAUUCUUAAGAAAAUACUCAAUGUUAAAUGGAUUUUGCAAUUAAUAGUGUAGAAGAAGAAAGAAAAUUGACAGAGAUUUUGUCGGGAGAGAGACAUGAAAUGUGAGAGAAACAAUUUAAUAUUAAAUAAACUCUAAAUGUAUUUCUUCGUAUUCAGACACUAUCACUAUGGUUGAACUGAGAAGAACAAUCCUCUCUAGAACGUAAGAAUUAUCAUUUUCUAAAGGGAAUAUUUCGCAACCAUUUAUUCCACUAUUUCUCUCUACAAAGCAGAUUUUCCUUCUAAAGUGUGUCUCAUUCAAAACGCAAAUUUUAUUUCAUUGCUUUUUAAAUGAUUUUUUUUCUUUGAAAUCGCAAAAAGUUUCUCAAAAGCGCUAUAUUGAAUAUUUUAAUGAAUUAUUAAUAAAAUUUUAAUAUUCAUCUCGAUAAACAGUCAGUCAAUUUUACAGAUAUUCCUAGUGUCCAGAACAUUAUAUCCAUUUUUAUUAUUAAUUUUAUCAAAAACAAAAAAUUACAUUUUCCUGAAAAAUUAUUUCCUUUUCACAAAAUAUCCAUUUCACCAUUUAUGGAGUGUAACAAUUAAUUGCAACUUUAUUAUUAAAAGUUGCAAUUAAUAGAAAGAUAUGUAGCAAAUAUUUUAUUGAUUUUCACUCAUGUGGUAGAUAUAUGUUAAAUGAUCUGGAAGCUUUUUACUCUAAUUAUAUAUUUCAUCAAAUUUAACGCGCUUUUACGAGCCAUUUAAUGAAUUUUGAAAAUUGUAUUAUGCACGUUAUUCGACUAUUUUAAAAGUUAAAGCACUUUUAUUUGCUAGAAAAUCUCCGUCAUAACCGAUAAACGUCUAAACUUCAAUCGAUACAAUCAGUAAUCAAUGCAUAAAGAACUGUUGAAACUUUUAAUUUCAAUUCUUUUCUUAAAAAAGGAUGGCAAAGCAUCCAAUGCUUUGCGAAAUGUUCGAACUCGUGACAUAGAUGCUAUACCGCAAAAGUACUUUUGCAUCAUAUACCGUUUACCGGAUCUCAACCGAUUUGAACCGAUUCAUAAAUCUCUCAAAAGAUCCCCCAAAUUAAUUUUUAAAAGUCAUAGGAUUGAUUUUCAGAUAACAUUUUUUUAUCGGUUAUGAACCGGUUCAAUACUGAUUCAAAACCGAUUGGAACCGGUUUAGUUUUGUAGGAAAUUCCAAGACUUUUCCAACGACCCCAUAUAUGACUCCAUUCGCUUGAUAAAUGUGCUCUCUAGUGUCUUUUUAAUCUUUGACCUUGAAAAGCCGUUAUUAGGAAUAAUUCAACGGGAUUUUCAUCUAAGGACGAAAUAUUCACCUGGGUAAUCUCCAAAACAUA